AUGUCGUGGUUUAUUGCCGCCCGCAGUGUGGUUGCGGUUUUCGUGCCACUGCUGCUUCUUUUAGCGCAGCUGCCGGCGGUGGGAGCACAAUGGGUCAACGAUACGGCGACGUAUUUGGGCACCUCGCCUCUUGAGCUUCGCAUCACCGCGACGGCGGAUUGGGACAAUGAGAUGAAGACGGGGUUCAUUGGCACUUGGGCCAACCGCACCAACCUUGUGUGGUACUGCCAAGGCAAGGCGGAGGACCGCGGCAGUGUCCUCUACACGCUGUGCUGGACCUCGGUAGAUUUCCUGAGCCCCAUUGUAAGCACCAUCGUGGCGGACCUCAACCGCGACGGGACGCUGGACAUUCUUGUUCAGUGCGAGGAUGGUAGACUCUAUUUUGUCAAUGGCCGACACCGCGACGAGCCUCCCACGGCGAUCGCGAGUGAAGCCGUGCCAUCCUUCAACGCCUCCAUACCACAAAUGAGUUUGGUGACGGUCUUCAGCCAAUGCGGGCUGCCGGAGAUUGCCCUGGUGGACGUGACAGGGUCGCUUGUCAUUAUGCAAGCCACAACCGAGACAUCCUCAGGUGACGAAUGCAGCGGGCAGGACACCCUACCUGCCUUUAAGCCGUUUGUGUUGCUGGCAGGGAUAAAGGGCGCGAGGGAGGUUGUCCCGCUAGGCAUCAUUUCAGACGAUAUUGAUGGUGAUUGCGUCGUGGAUCUACUAUACACAGUGUAUACGCGGGAGAGUAAUACGCUACAUAUAUAUGCUUUUUUUCCUGCACGCUCCGAACAUGAGUUGCUCUUGACGUUGACCCCAGCGAAUCGCUACGGCUUCCCCACUGUAGCGGACGUCAGCGGGGAUGGGGCACCCGACCUUCUCUUUCCACUUUGCGCUCCGCAGAAUACAUCUAUUCCUUUUGGCGAGUGCACCCGCUUUGAUGGCGUGAUAGUUUUCUACAACGACUUACAUGGCUCCUCGCCAUGUGCUGGUGGCGGAUGUUGUAGCGGGCACCGCUUUGGUUUUCACGAAGGUGCAUCGAAGGAGUUUUUUCUCCACGAGAAAAAUGCAUGCAACAUUCACAUGCGUCGUGGCCUUCCCCUCACCAUGACGAGUUCAGUGGCGUCGCCACUGCUGUUGCGCAGUGGGGAUUUCAACCGAGACGGGUACGUGGAUCUAGUGGUGCCAAGCACCUACGGCCCGUUGCUGCUGACAUCCCAGCGAGACGCUCACGGCCCAUCCUUCAGUUGUGCGCCGCUGGACGAGGCGCGUGCGGGGGCUUUGGCGGACGAUGUCGCGACUUACACGAGAUCGAUUCCUUUUUUUGCCAUUAUCGCGGGGGACGGGGUCCUUGACGUUGUGCUGACCUUCCACGACACGAAUGCACUUCCCGUCGUGUUCUACGCGAAUCGGCUGUCGCGGCUGCGGGAGAAGUAUUUUCUUACGAGCAGCGCCCUCAACGGCGUCGCCGCAGUCCACGACUGGGGCGUUUACCAGCCGGGUGCUGUCCACCGCUUUGGGUGGAGCGACGCCACGAUGCGACAGCGCUGGGCCUACGCCACGCAGUUGUCCAGGACGCAGGGGCACGCGCUGCAGCUGUCGCGCCUUCUCUUUGGACUUGACCGCACCUUCUCCUACAUCCAAGACUACGCUGUGGGCAUUCUGGCCAACCGGCAGGCCGUGCGGCGCGCGUGGUCGGCGAACCUGGUGCCGAACUCGAACGUGCUUGUAUGGCUCAACCCCCUCCUUUCGCAGGAAAGCUGGCGGCUGCGGCUGUACCUUGUCUCCGCCACGUACAGGUGGCUGCUAUUUGUGGUGUUCGUCACCUCGCUUGCGCUGAUCGCCGUCCCCAUCAUCUUCCUCAAGUGGAGGGAGGUGCGGCACGAUCACCGUGAGUGGAAGCUGCGUUGA